AUGGUUGAGCUUUUACAGAGAAAUGGUUGCAUUUUAAAGUUAUUUCUGGCUUUGUUUCUGUUCUUGUCUUUGGUUGAGGUUCCAGCAGUGGAGGCUAGAAUUAGGCAUUACAAAUGGGAGGUGAAGUAUGAGUACAAGUCCCCUGAUUGCUUCAAGAAGCUGGUCAUAACCAUUAAUGGUAGAUCUCCUGGACCAACCAUACUUGCUCAGCAGGGAGACACCAUCAUUGUUGAGCUUACAAACAGUUUAUGGACAGAAAAUGUAGCCAUACAUUGGCAUGGAAUUCGACAGAUUGGAACACCAUGGAGUGAUGGAACUGAAGGUGUGACUCAAUGCCCAAUAGUGCCUGGAGACACCUUCAAAUAUCAGUUUGUGGUUGAUAGGCCUGGAACAUACCUCUACCAUGCUCAUUAUGGAAUGCAAAGAGAAGCUGGUUUAUAUGGUUCAAUCCGUGUAGCACUUCCUGAUGGAGAAUCAGAGCCAUUUUCUUACGAUUAUGAUCGAAGCAUCAUACUUAAUGAUUGGUACCACAAGAGCACUUAUGAACACGCAGUUGGGCUGUCCUCCCUUAAGUUUGCCUGGGUUGGGGAACCUCAGUCGCUUUUGAUACAAGGAAAAGGAAGAUUCGACUGCUCCACACUGACCACUCCAAGCUUAGACCCCGAAGUUUGUAACGCAACGAACCCCGAAUGCUCCCCUUACUCAAUGACAGUCGUCCCUGGCAAGACGUAUCGACUAAGGGUUGCUAGCUUGACUUCUCUGUCUGCCCUCAGUUUUCAAAUAGAGGGCCAUAAUAUGACAGUGGUUGAGGCAGACGGGCAUUAUGUUGAGCCAUUUGUUGUGAAGAACCUUUUCUUAUAUUCUGGUGAGACAUAUUCUGUGCUAAUAAAAGCAGACCAAGACCCUUCAAGAAAUUAUUGGAUGACAACAAAUGUGGUUAGCCGAAAUGCCACCACCCCACCUGGUUUAGCCAUUCUCAAUUACUAUCCAAACCACCCGAGGAGAUCUCCUUCGGCGGUACCCCCAGCAGGCCCUGCUUGGGACAAUGUUCGCGCCCGAUUGGAUCAAAGUCUUGCCAUCAAAUCACACCAAGGCUUCAUCCACACCCCUCCCCCAACCGCAGACAGAGUGAUUGUGCUUCUCAACACACAAAACACCGUCAACGGUUAUGUCCGCUGGUCAGUCAACAAUGUGUCAUUCACUCAUCCUCACACACCUUAUCUCAUUGCCCUCAAGCAGAACUUGACUGAUGCAUUUGAUCAAACUUCUCCACCUGAUGGGUACGAUUUUGUAAACUAUGACAUUUACAAGACACCAAACAACACAAAUGCUACAGUAAGCAAUGGGAUUUAUAGGCUCCAGUUCAAUACAACAGUGGACCUUAUACUCCAAAAUGCCAACACCAGGAACCCGAACAACAGCGAGACUCACCCGUGGCAUCUUCACGGGCAUGAUUUCUGGGUCCUGGGAUAUGGGGAGGGCAAGUUUGACAUGUUCAAUGAUCCAAAGAAGUACAAUUUGGUGAACCCUAUCAUGAAGAAUACUGUGCCAGUUCAUCGUUAUGGGUGGACUGCUCUGAGGUUCAGGGCAGAUAAUCCAGGGGCUUGGGCGUUUCAUUGCCACAUAGAGUCUCAUUUCUAUAUGGGAAUGGGUGUGGUGUUUGAAUCAGGAAUUGAUAAGGUGGGAAAAUUGCCUUCCUCUAUAAUGGGCUGUGGUGCAACUAGAGGAGUUCACAGGCCAUAG